CAAGCUUCAGGGUCCGUUAAUCGCGCUAGGGGGCAGUAAAACUAUUGCACCGGCAGCUGAGCAGACAGCGAAGAAUGAGACAAUAUCACAAAACCAGUGAAUAAACGUUUAUUCUUGUGACACAAGUUAACACUAGAGAUCAAACCAAACCUGUCAUCAUGUCCGGUGGUCCAGCUGUGAGGGUCAGCAUUGAGUCGUCCUGCGAGAAGCAGGUACAGGAAGUGGCCCUGGAUGGGACCGAGACAUAUGUCCCCCCUCUGUCCAUGUCCCAGAACCUGGCCAAGUUGGCACAGAGGAUCGACUUCAGCCAGGGAUCCGACUCGGACGAAGACGGCGUCGAGGGUGAAUCCAGGGACCGGGAGUGGGGCAAACAGGAACCCGAGGAGGACGAGGGCACGGUGAAGUUUCAGCCGUCUCUUUGGCCCUGGGACUCGGUGCGUAACAACCUGCGCAGCGCUCUGACCGAGAUGUGUGUCCUCCAUGAUGUGCUCAGCGUGGUGAAGGAGAAGAAGUACAUGGCUUUAGAUCCAGUGUCUCAGGAACCACCCGUCAAGACGCCACAGGUCUUCCAGCUGAUCAGUAAAAAGAAAUCGCUGGCCACAGCUGCACAGCUUCUCAUGAAGGGAGCGGAGAAGCUCAGCAAGUCUGUUGCAGAGAACCAGGAGAACAGGAGGCAGCGCGACUUCAACUCUGAGCUCCUGCGGCUACGCUCGCAGUGGAAACUACGCAAAGUGGGCGACAAGAUCCUGGGAGACCUUAGCUAUCGGAGCGCAGGUUCCCUUUUUACUCACCAUGGAACAUUUGAGGUGAUCAAAAACACUGACAUUGAUCUGGACAAAAAGAUCCCGGAGGACUACUGCCCCCUUGACGUCCAGAUCCCCAGUGACUUGGAGGGAUCAGCUUAUAUCAAGGUGUCCAUCCAGAAACAAGCUCCAGACAUCGGUGAUCUGGGAACCGUCAACCUGUUCAGGAGAACCCUGAAGAACAAAGCUGGUACGCAGCCGUGGCACGUGAAGUUGGAGGCGGCUCAGAACGUUCUGCUCUGUAAGGAGAUCUUUGCUCAGUUGUCCAGGGAAGCAGUGCAGAUCAAAUCCCAGAUCCCUCACAUUGUCGUCAAGAAUCAGAUCAUCUCACAGCCCUUCCCAGGUCUGCAGCUGUCGAUCUCGCUGUGUCAUUCUACGGGAGAGAAGAAGAACAACCGGGCGUCUCCAGAGAAACCGAAAGCAGACGACCACCUUUACGUCCUUGAACACAAUCUGCAUCAGAUGAUGCGAGAGUUCCACAAGCAGCAGCUGAGCUCCGUGGUGAUGCCUCAUCCCGCCAGCGCCCCCUUCGGCCACAAACGCAUGCGCCUGGCGGGGCCGAUGGCCUACGACAAGGCGGAAAUCUCCAGCCUGCAGCAGAGCGAGGGCCUCCUGGAGAAGAUCAUCAAACAGGCCAAACACAUCUUCCUACGCAGCAGGACGGCGCGGACCAUCGACAGCCUGGCCAGUCGCAUCGAAGACCCUCAGAUCCAGGCGCACUGGUCCAACAUCAACGACGUGUACGAGUCCAGCGUGAAGGUGCUCAUCACGUCGCAGGGCUACGAGCAGAUCUGCAAAUCCAUCCAGCUGCAGCUGAACAUCGGCGUCGAGCAGAUCAGGGUGGUGCACAGAGACGGACGCGUCGUGACGCUGUCGCACCAGGAGCAGGAGCUGCAGGACUUUCUCCUCUCACAGAUGUCGCAGCAUCAGGUGCAUGCGGUGCAGCAGCUCGCCAAAGUGAUGGGCUGGCACGUCCUGAGCUUCAGUAACCACGUGGGCCUGGGCCCCGUGGAGAGCAUCGGAAACGCCUCCGCCGUCACCGUCGCCUCCCCCAACGGAGAAUACGCCAUCUCAGUGCGUAACGGCCCAGAAAGCGGCUGCAAGGUUGUGGUCCAGUUCCCUCGCAGUCAAACCAAAGAGCUGCCGAAGAGCGACGUGAUCCAGGACGGAAAGUGGAGCCACCUCCGGGGGCCCUACAAGGAGGUGCAGUGGAGCAAGAUGGAGGGACGCAACUUCGUUUACAAGAUGGAGCUCCUCAUGGCCGCGCUGACUCCGUGUCCUUAAAUCCGCCAUCAAGUCUUUUUUACACCCGUGGAUCUGCUGCCUGCUCUGUUUAUGUGUUCACCUCAAAUAGUUUGAUGCAAGAUUAAAACAAGUGCAGUUUGUUCUUCGUUCUUCAGAAUAAAGGUUUGUUUUUUUUUCUGAGA